AUGGCUUCUUUAAAGAAAAUUUCAAAGAAGGAACUCAAGUUGACAAUGUUCGUGAUCCCUGCCAAGCCUCAUAUAUUUGGAGAAAACUACUUACAAAGUCUCCAAGGGAAGCUUUGAUUGAACCUCCUCUCAAGAUCAUCGUAGGAGGACAGGAUAAGCAAACUUUCUUUGUCAACAAGGAAGUUAUCUGCUCUGUCUCGGAUUUUUUUGCUGCCGCCUGCAAAAAAGAGUGGGCUUGUGGACAGGCAAAUACGGUUACACUUACUGAGGAGAACCCAGAAACAUUUGCGAUAUUUGUCAGCUGGGUCUUAACGAAGAGUUUAGAGAGUGCAGCAAACCUUCAAAGCCUACCUCCUAGAGAAGAUGAUUUUCAUGGCGAAGAUGGGAGACGCUCUGCGAUUAAGCGAGGCGUUCAACUGGUCGAAUGUCUUGGCAUUUCUGAGUCUCUGCUAUGCCAUGAGUUUCACAACGCUGUUAUGGAUGAACUUUUGACGCUUACAGAGACGUUGUCUGAUGCCGACGAAAGCCUUGUUAUAUGCUUGCCCCAAAUUGUCAAAAUAAUUUAG